UGCUGUGGUAUUGACCAUUGUAUAGAGGUAUUGACAAAACCAAACAUUGCCAAGAUUUCAUUUACAGUAUGUCAAAUUUGUGAAUUUGUAGAAAUUAGUAUUUUAUAUGAAAAAAGGUUAUAUAUAACAAGAAAUUUAUAAAAAUGGAAUUGUCUCCUGGUGGACAAUCUGUUGAUAAAAAACCGAUUUUAACACCAGACGGACUUAUACAAACGUCAAACCCUUCCGACAACAAUACAGUACCAGAACAAGCCUCCAAUCCAUCUUCACCGGCGACAGGCCAUAGCACAAAUUUGACAGCGAUUUUACCUGUCAUAUACGAAAUUAUUCGCUGUGUUGAAAAGGAUCCCCUUGAUAACGCGACCAAACAACGGGAAUCGCAAGAGUGUAGUCAAAAAAUAAUAGAAUUGCAGAAACGCUUUGAUAUUGCAAGAGCUGAAGUCAAACAAUUACCAGGUAUAUACUACAAUAAAGAAGAGCAACUGCAAAGGUUAGAGCUUCUGCGUAAUCAAUUAAACCUUAAACAACAACUUAUCCGAAAGUACAAAGACAUCCAGCUUUAACGAAAACGGUCAUACUAAAAACAAUGGUAUUUCGAUUUUUGCUACGUUAUUUGGCUAAUAAUGAACAGUUAAUUCAGCGGAUGUCUGAGAGUUACCCAAUGCGACGUGCUGCUCAAAUGGUUGUAUCCAUUAUGUAUCGUACCAAGAAUAUGGCUCAGGAGCGUGGGAUACAUGACAUGACUCCGGAACGUUUCAAGUCAUUUAUGGCUCUUUUCAAAAACAAUCUUAAGAAAGAAAUUGAAGGCGUAAAGGACGAAAUAAAAAAGAAACCGUUUUAAAAAAGCAAUGUAGAAAUAGCAUACUUAUCGAUAAACUUAGUGAUAUCACCUAUAAUAAAUUAUAUGAAAUUA